UUCUCCUCACGCUUUCUCCUGCGCAGACUACCAGGCACCCUCCACACCACACCCAUGGCCUGCUACAACCGCUGCAGUCCCUGCGGACCCACCCCGCUGGCCAACAGCUGCAACGAGCCCUGUGCCCUGCAAUGCCAGGAUUCCCGCGUCAUCAUCGACCCUUCCCCUGUGCUGGUCACCCUGCCAGGACCCAUCAUGACCUCCUUCCCUCAGAACACCACCGUCGGAUCCACCUCCUCCGCUGCUCUGGGCACUGAGCUCAAUGCCCAGGGACAGCCCAUCUCUGGUGGAUUUGGCUUUGGUGGCUUUGGCUAUGGCCUGGGAGGCCUGGGCUGCUAUGGCAGAAGGGGCGGCUACAUCUGCUAAGGGCUCUCGGCACCACCCCUGACACCACCAGCUCUGGUAACAGCUCCUGCAAGCAAAGCACCUCUGCUGAUGGGAGCCAGCCUUGCACAUCA